AUGGCUGAACAAGAAAUAUAUGGCUCUCACAUUGGACUAGAGCCAGGCAGAGCGUCUGCGGCAUUCAAGUCACUCGAUUUUAGCCACAGCCCGGGCGCAGAGCAGGAACGUUAUGCUUCCCACUUUGGCUUGAGAAGAGGAGCGGACUUGGACAAGCCGGUAGAGCCUACACCAAGCUCUGUACCACCGCCUGUUGUUGCUCCUCCUCCUCCUAUUGCUUCUCCCAGCUUCACGCUGCCAGGCCCAGAGGUCAAUACAACGGCCGUUGGUAUCCUUAAAUCGACCCUUCUACCCUCACUUGGUCUCCAUUCUGGCCUCUCCCUCGUUGCCUACACGGGUGCCCGUGUAGCGGACCGCGUCGAAGCGAAAGAUUGGCUAUGGCCUUCUGGACAAGUCAUCAACGCAUGGUGGAGUGCAAUUGGGACUCGCAUUGUGAACGAGAAUAUCACACUCUCCGAUGCCUUCUCGACGCUCAGCUACUCGGAAAAGCUGCUUCUCGGGGCUGUUACCGCCUGGGGUGGACGACUGUUCUACCGCAUCGCGUCGCGAGGGAUUGAAAGAGGUCGUGACGACCCACGGUAUGAAGUCGUGAAGGAUGAGCAUGGGUUUUGGAACAAAGCAUUCUUCACGACAUUCUUACCUGAAGCAUUUUUCCAAACUCUUAUCACGCUACCAUUCACACUGCCAUUCCGGGAGCCUCAAGCCAGUACUAAUACUACCUUGGACCUACCAGCGUAUGCUGGAUUAGCACAUGGUCUUGCUGUAUUCCUCUUCAGCUCUGGUUUUGGGCUCGAGGUGUUGGCAGAUGUACAGCUUGGUAGGCACAAGGAUAGCAACAGUUUAAACACGGACGGCGUGUGGAGCGUAGUCCGACAUCCAAACUACCUUGGCGACGCUCUCGUUCAUGCCUCAUUCCCUCUAUUAGUUUACAGCUCUGGAUUCGUCCACCCACUUGUUCUCCUCGGACCUAUUGCCAACUACGUCUUCUUACGCUACGUUGGCGGGGACAGGGAGAACGAAGCACAUCAAGAGCAGCGUUACUUUAAGGAGAAAUUGCCGAAAUACCAACAACUGCAGGAGUACAAGAGCCAGAAGAACAGUUUCUGGCCGAAGCUGAGCGAGGUACAGAACCCUUGGUACUGGACUAUUGUGGCUCUGGGUGUAGGUGGUGUGGUCCUUGAGCGGGGUCUCCGGGACUUCCUAAGAGGUUGA